CAUGUAUGAAGUGUGCUAACCGAGGAUUAUCUUUUCUGGUGGUGGACAUCAUGCGAGUGAAUGUAGACAAGGUUCUAGAAAGAGACCAAAAACUUUCAGAGCUUGACAACCGGGCAGAUGCAUUACAAGCUGGUGCCUCACAGUUUGAAACCAGUGCAGCCAAACUGAAGAGAAAAUACUGGUGGAAAAAUUGCAAGAUGAUGAUUAUCCGUGGUGUAGUAUGUGCAGUCAUUUUUAUGGUAAUUAUAAUUUAUUUCUGCACUUGAAAAAGCAAUGAGGGAAGGCUUGGCACGGCUUGUUUCAGAUCAACCUCUUUUCUGAUGUUCUCUUACUGAACUCUGAUUUUUAAUUCCUGGUGACUUGGGGAGUUUUGCCUGUAAUAAUCCGUAAGCACUCAAUGUAGUGUAUUUGGUAUUAUGCUGUUUCCACAUGAAAUUGUACCAGCUAAAUAUUGCCAAGUAGUUCCAUGUGUUGUCUUAUCAUUGUGUCUUAAAAGGCAUCCACAGUGACCUUCAGAAAUGGUAAUAAAUAAAAGCAUUCUAAACUUUUCAGAAUCAUAAGAGAGCAGUUAAGGGGAAAGUCUUUUGUUAAAUGGACAUUGUCACAUAGUUUGUACCCAAAAUUGAGGUUUUAUGAAAUAGUAAGGCCCAAACCAUCAAACCUGGCAGCCUAAAUAAGACUAUUAUCUAAUCACAGAAAUAAAAGUGGCCUGAUUCAUCAAGAACACCUGCUAAUUUGGUUUUAGUCAAUGUGAGCAACAAAUGUUUAAAGAAUUUGAAUGUCAAAUUACUUUUAUUUAGAUGUCUAAAUGUGGACUCCAAUUUUAUGCAUCCAGGUUUGAAACUAUUUGGCCUGAGUUCUGUACAAUAGGAAUGUUUUCAUGGAGUUUAACUUUGCAUCGAGUUCUUUCCUAUACAAACUCUGUGGCAUUAUGCUAGUGUAUAAGAACCAGAAGGAGAACUGGAUGAGAAGCAAGAAUAAUACUGACAAGUAAACAAACAUCAUAAGUACCCCAAAAAUUUAGAUUAAUAAGCCAAGGUGGUGGCCUUCAGAUUUAUGGUUAAUGUAUGGCACUUGGACCCCAGUUCUGCAAACACUCAUGCCCGUGUUAAACUUUGAGCACAGGACUAGUCUUUUGAAGUCAAGGGCUCUGCACAGUUAGGGUAUGUCUACACAGCAGGGU